GAAAAUUUCAGUAGUUAAAGUUUAUCUCGUUUCCUUCCCGUGUUUAAGUCUGUCAUUGUCCUGAAGGGUGUUGCUUCCUGAGUCCAUAUCCACAGGUUCUUAAUCCUCCACAAUUUUACCCAGCCAGCAUUAUAAGGUGAUCUGCUGCAUACCAUCAUGACCAUGUUUGUGCCAGUGAAGGUAAAGGCAUUCAUUACUUUGAUGCAAGCUAUUUUUUUAUUGUCCACCAAGGCAGGAUUUUGCAUGAAGCAAGAUAGCACCUGUAGACCUUUUUGUACUGGGAGUGAUUGCAUAACUUUAAAUCAAGAGAGACUGGAUUUUAAAACAGCAAAGGAAGCAUGCCGUAACAAGAAUGGAGAACUGGUGACAUUUCAGUUGGAGACAGAUGAAAACAUCCUUCAUAUUUUAAGUCAAGACCUAUAUGGAGACUUCUGGAUUGGAUUGCAUUUACCAGAUGGUGCCUGCAGCAACCUUUCAGCUCCACUAAGAGGCUAUGAGUGGAUCUCUGGCAGUAUGCACAGGAGCUUUAUUCCAUCCUUCAGCACAUGGAAAGACAGUGUUAAAGUCUGCUCUCCACGCUGUGUGUCACUUUCAAAUGAUCACAAGUUGACAGAGAGGCUGUGCUCGGACAAAACCGAUGGGUUUCUGUGCAAAACUAAGCACCAAGAUGCAUGCCAGGCACAAGAAAUAUCAAAUUCAUUUUUUUUCCAAAGCUCUAAAGGCUGUUCAAGUGGCCCUUGUGAGCAUACAUGCACAGAUGUAAAAGGAGGCUAUGAAUGCUCUUGUUUCAAAGGAUAUAUGCCAGAUAGCAAGGCCCCUAAGCAGUGCAAAUUACACUGUGCACAACAGAAAUGCCCUGUAGUAAACACUUAUGAAUGUCCUGUAGGCUUUAUUCGUGAGGAAAAUAUGUGUAUUGAUGUGAAUGAAUGUGAAAUGGAUUAUUGUGAUCAUAAGUGUAUAAACACCUUUGGAAGUUUUGUGUGCUCCUGCAAAGAAGGAUUUGUACUUAAACGUGAAGUGAAAUGCACUGAAGCAGUGGACAGUAAUGGUUUUGUCUUCACAACUCCUGCCGCAGUAGGUUUUGUUAAACCAACCCCCAAUAAUACAGUGAAGGGUUCUUUUGCUUCUGCCGGUGGUUUUCUCUGGAUGUGGAUUUUCAUUGCUGUGGCCGUGGUAGUGCUUAUAUUUGUGAUAAGGUUUUGUGUCGUUAAGCAUCAGAAAAACAGAGAACAAAACUCCAUUCAACAGUCUUCUUUUCCUGUAGACAAUAUUGAGUGUUAAAUUCAGUCUGGAAAAAAUAGCCCCACUGAUCCCUUUAGUUUGAGUGACGUUUAUCAGAUGCCUGCAGUGGGUAACUUCUCAGAAUAAACUGUGUUUUGAAUCCCUGUUUUAUGAAUUUGGGUAAUGCAUUAUAAAUAACAUCACUUAUUAUGAAUACAUGUAAGAUGCAGGGGGGCUAUUUUAUAGUAGUUAGGUAGAAGUCAGUUCAAUUUGGCUGAAUUACUUGUAUAUAAAUAUAAGCAGUAUUAUGCAAUUGCAGCAUUAAUACUUUAAUGUUGCACUGUAGGAGUCCCAGAUAGAGCUGAGAAUUCAUUUUGAAAUACUGCUUGAUUGCGGAUCAUCUGAACUGUUUUUAUUUAAUGUUUCAUAAUGCAAAAUAUUAA